AUGCACAGACAUCAGAGGACGGAGAUUGCUGCUGUAGUGAAUGCCAGGCGUUCUUGGCACCCCAGGAAGCUGCCAGUGGGUGGAACCAUGGAGACCACCAUGGGGUCUGCGAGCAUCCUGGAGGUCUGCACCACCAAACUGAUGGAGUUUGUUUCCAGUGUGGACAACAGAGACAUGGUGUGGCUGCAGGAGACUAAGGAGGAGGCCCAAAAGAUGUUCUCUAGUGACUCCACAGUGGAGCCUGAGCUGAUGCCCAAAACGCCAUCUCAGAGGAACCGCCGGAGGAAGAAACAGUUUUCCUCCAUUCAGGAUAAAAACAAGCCCCCAACCAGGAAAAGGUUGUCCCGCCGUGCGAGCCGAAGGAGCAGUCAACACAACCAGCAGCUCCUUCGGAACAAAGACAGGCUGGAGAAGCUAGUUAUGGUGGCAGCUGACAACAGCUCUUUCCGUCGUGGGACUCGAACCCAAGUAGCAGCAGCAGCAGCCUCCUCACCCCCUGAAUCCCCCACGGUGCUCCCCAAAAAGCCUGUGAACCUGGCAGCAAUGGAUGGGCUUGUGCCUGUUGUAGAGAUUAUCAUCAGCGACCAGCAGAGUGCUGAGAAUUUCCUGGUGGCACACAAGGCCAAGACAGCUGCCCUCAGCUUGGGCUGCAAAGAUGAAUCGGUGCCCAAAAAGCAAGCAGAAAGCCACCCUGAGCCAGCGCCUGGGACCUCCUUGGGGGUGCCCACUGAGGUGCCUGAGGUGAAAGCUGCGGGGCUGGCUUGGUCUGUGGCCAAACUCCAGAUAGCCCAGCCAGUGGCCGUGACAGCCAAGCCGGGCAGGGCACCCUCUUCUCCAGGAGCACAGACCCAGCCAGAGACUGAGCUCCCCUUGGACUUGCUGGAAGGCCCCCAGACCCAGAUAGGCCCCUGCUGUGACCGGCGCUCGGUGUGUAGGAGACUGUUGCUCAAAUCCUCACAAGCCCAUGGGGCUUCCUUGAUUCGUAAGGCCUCCGUGGUCCCGAAGACCACGUCGAGCUCUGCUCGAUGGUCCUCCAGGAAGCUGGCCCAGAAACCGGCAGUCACCGGCUGCAUCAUCUGCCACAGCUACCUGGAGAGGGUCCUGGAUGUAGAAGUACCCAGGAAAGCGAGGUGAGACACAGAUGCCUUUGUCCAUGAGCCAUGCUCUGAGUGCUCAGGGAUCAGUGCAGAUAAGGGAUCCCUCCUCUUCCUGAUGUCCCCGGGGCUGAGGACAAAAUGCAUCAUCCCAAAUGAUUUCAGACCCUUCACGGAGAAGCCAGAGCUCAUCUGGGACUCUCCAGGCACGGCCACAUACAGGCUACACCACAGCCCUGGCUUCUGACCAUCAGAGGCCAAGAGCAUGCACUUUGGGCCACUUGGGGCUCAGGUGCGCCCCCAGUCUGGCCGCUGUCACCCACGGCUAGGCCUCCUUUGAAUCAUGACCCCUUCCAUGGUCCUGACCACCCUAUGGAUGCUUAAUUGGCAAUCCCAAAAUUCCAUGUUGAGGAGAGGAGAACAAGGAGAUGGGGACAUGGAAGGCCCUAUGAAGACCUAUGCUUUGGAGCCAAGGGGAGGAAGGUGGGCGACUUUUCUGUGGUAGUCUGAUGCUUAUCGCCUCUUGGCCUUGGAGGCCUCUGAAGCCACCCUGAGGGGACAGCUUCCCUGCAUCACUGAAAUGUUCCCCCACUCCCCCUGCUAUGGGCAAGACAACUAUUGCUGGGAGUUUGGCUCGAGCAUUGCGAAGAGCAUCUUGGCCCACGUCACUGUAUCCUUCAGGGGCGGGGGAAGUGGCCCAGAGAUACCUCUGGUAGCACAGCCUUCCUUGAGCCCCAAGUCCCUAACCAUAGAUUUGUGGUAGGUCAGAGUGGGGAAAAACCUGGCUGGUUCAGUGGAAAGGGCCCUGGCUCUGGAGUCGGAGCUGGCCUUGGGGGUGGCGUUGGUAGCUCUGCUUCUUUCCUCACCUGA